UCUUCUCAAAAAAAAAAAAGUCUAUGAUCUGAAGAAAAAAGCCCAGCCACGCUCCUCCCCUCUCCGCCGGAGCCGCCGCCUUGCCUUGCCUCGCCCCGCCGGACUCGAUCUCUUCCUCCCUUUCCCUUCACCACGUGUCCACGCCCCUAGUGCAUUCUCCGGAGUCCAGCCUACUGUCUCCACUUAAUUUCACGCGAGGUGACGGAGUCGGGGCGCCAACAAGACCUAGGAGCGACCCGCCGCCGGCGACAAGUCCGAAUACCUUCUGCGACUGAUCCGCAGACGGCGAAGACGACAUCCAUCUCUCAGGGCUACCCCGCCGCAGCAGGACGUCAUGUUCCCACAGCCGAAUGCCUUUGGACCACUGCGGCCUCCUCAGCCUCCGCCAUGGCAGUGGCAGUGGCAGCAGCAGCAGCACCACCACCACCACCACCCGCACCAGCAGCUCCCUUUCCAGCCUGAGGCGGCGGCACUGGCGGCGGCCAGUUCCUUUUGGCAGCGUGACAAUGUGCGGGAGCAUUUGAAGAAGCUGCAAGAGACCGUCGCGAUUUCAAGCGCUCUGAUAAACGAGCUAGAGGAGAUUGCACUUGUGAGGAAUUCAUCGGAUGCUAGUGCACAAGAACCAGAUUCGUCUGCAGUAGCAUCGUCUUCAGGGUCUGGCGUCUCUUCUCCAGGCAGGCCUUGCCAUUUUUCAGAGCUUGCAAGUGAAAUCAAGAUUAGCCAAGACACUCAUGAAUCUCUGGCGACAGAUGCGGCCAAUUAUCUCUGUUCUCAACUUCAGCACCUCCUGGCACCUAUUUCUUCCGCUAUUAACCAAGACGGUCCCUGGGCAGAAAAAUCGGCAAUGGUUUCGUUAGCUCAGAAGCUGCAGAAGUCCAAGAGAAAUAAGCGAUGGAGGAAGAGGAAGAGAAAGCAUGUAGCAGAGCUUUUCCAGAAGGAAAGUGCAGAAUUUGACAGAGUUGAUCAGGAAGCUGAUGAAUGGAGGGCUAGGCAAAUAGCUAAUGACAUUGCAAAACGCAAGGUGGAAAGCAUGAAGCAGAUUGCCAAGAAGAAAGCAAAUGAGGAAAGAAAACGUCUAGAAUCUGAGCUCGAGCUUGCACUAAUGGUCGAGAAACUACAGGAGCUCCGCUCUGUAAGGGUUGAAAAACUGAAGAAACAAGGUCAUUUUCUGCCAGAAGAGGAUGAUAAAUAUCUUGAGCGUGUCAAGGCUGCAGUUGAGGAAGAGGAGCGCCAAGCUGCAACUGCUGCCCGAACUGAUGCUGCGAAGGAUGCUAUUCUCACCGCUGAGGAAUCAAGGAAGGCUGCCCAUAAUACAACUGCUCAAGAAGAUGGCCUUGGACAACCUAAAAGUGGGUCGGCGCCAGAGCAGAACCAAGGAGAUGCAAGCAUAAGUGAGAGAAGUGAUCAUGCAAGUCAAAAGACAGAACAUGAUGAUCAAAAGGUCGAGAUAAAAGGUCCUGCGCAUUCCGAAUCUCUGACCAAUCUGCCUUUUGAGUUCUACCACUAUUAUCAUGGAAGUAGCUAUGACCUGGGGACACUCAUUGAGGUACGCAGAAUGUGGGAUUCUUUUAUCAGACCUGGAGGAAGCCGUAUACCUGGCCACUGGGUUCAGCCACCCCCUCCAGCUAAUGAUGUAUGGGCAUCAUAUUUGGUGCAGCCCAAGUAAGUGCUAUUGGGUUCUGACAAUGGUUCUUCUGCCCAUCCAUUAGAAGCUUUGAAGGUACUUGGGUUACUUCAAUUUCUUUAUGUCAACUAGUGAUGUGAAAAGAUUAUACCGGAUACAGUGAUUACAUUGUCAGACAAAAAUUAUCUCAGUGAUUGCUCAUUGCUGGUCUGUAGACCUUCUUUGAUGAAUGCUCGAUUGUCCUGUGGCUUUGGCAUGGACUAUCGAGUUUAAGUUGCUGUCAACUGUGAAGUUCUUUUGACACUUGAUAUCCUUAAGAUCUGUACCCACCUUGUCAGUUUCUCUGGGGAUUUGUAAUUUCGAGUCCACCAGGUGCUCCAUCUGUGUUGUCUGUACUUGAUGCAUGAAAAGUGGAGUUUUGGAUUGGGGAAAGAGCUGUAUCUCUUAAAUGAUUA